AUGGCUUGCGAGGACCUGUCGCGUGCACCUCCUAGAAACAUCUGGCUUCAAUCAAAGGGAGGCGUCGGGACUCUUGGUCGGCCAAGGUACACCGGACUUGAGAACAACGACAGAAACGGUGACCAAACUGCAGUCAGCCAAACCUUCGUAAGGAAUUUGAACCAGGAACGAUCCAGCUCUGCCACGUCCACCUCUUCUACAGUGUUUCCCAUAAAAGCUCCACUGACCGCCACACGGCCGGCAUUCUUCAAGAACACAGUUCAACGCCGGCUACCUCCAAACGAUUCUUCUUCUGAAUUUGUGCCAAAGAUUGCCGAAGCUGUACCCCGAGAGGAGCUACAUAGGGUGCUCUAUUCUACAAAAGAUUCACCGAUCCAGAAUGAAGGCGAGAAGGGAUCGAUGCGAAUGUUGAACCCUACUCCCGGUACCAAACCUUUUCGACUACGGCAUAUUUCCCGACGAAAACCUCAAAUUCCUAUUUCUGAACUUGAAUCGAAGUAUUCAAACGCCUAA